AUAUCGCUCGGGUAGUUGAUCGUACGAAGGAUAUUAACUGGAAAUUUGAUUAAAUUACGAUCGGAUCGUUUGCAUUGAAAAGAUAUUUUUAAUAAAACAAAAUUAAAUCAUAGGCAGUCAUUAAAAUUGUAAAUUAAAUUCAAAAAUUUUAAAAAGAUGUCAUCAAUUUCGAGUGAGGAAUUCUCCUACCAAACCAGGGUGGUCGUUUACAAUUUUUUAGGUUUGGUCCCCGCUCAGACGUCUGCCACGAUGAAAAGUGAACUUUCGGGAGAUGGAGAAUGGCAGAAUGAAAGUUUGAAAAAUUUGCCUUCGGUUUCGCUGAUUGACAAAUUGAAAGAUUCAGAGGCACAUCUUGCAAGGGUCCGAUGCGUAAAUGAGGAAGUUAAGCAGAAAGUCAGAAAGUUAGACUCAGGUUCUGAAGGUAGAAAGCCGGAAAAGCAUGUUUUCAGUGAUUAUCUGUUCAAGGAACUCUUGCAAAAAUCUUCUGAAAGAAGAAAUCCUGCCAGCAUGGCAACAAUUGCAGAAGAUGAAAAUAUCUAUCCAACUGUUACUGUCAUAAAGAAGCGAAAAAAUUAUAAAAUAUUUGAAUCACCUUCGGUUUCUUUGAAGAAUCAUUCUCAAAAAGAUUUUGACAAGAAUAACAGGUUCUAUAAUUUCAAACCUAUAUCUCCUGUGUCCUCUUAUAAUUAUUCAACAACACAUCUGAAAUCAGAUAAAUUUGAUGGAAAAACAUUUUCAAAUAAUGAUAUUCUUGAUUCUUUUGAUUCUCCUUCUUUUGAAACUGAUUCCCCGCUAAGUCCCAAAAUCUCGACAACAGCUAACAGUCGACAGAACAGUGUAAGCAUGUCUACCAGCAGCAAGCUCUGUAGCACGUACUUCGACAUCACUGAUCUAAACGAUGAGGAAGUCAUCAGCUCACCAGAUCUUCCUUCAAGUACAUUGGAGUUGAAGAAGGAAAUUAACAAGGCCCUCACUGAACUUGAAGACGAGUACUUGAGUUCAACCUCCUCCUCGCGCAGACUCUCCGUCAUGUCCCCGGUCUUGCUACCUCAAGUAAGAGGUGACGAAAACAUUCCGCCACCACCACCUCCAAUAUAUGGAGUCUCAGGGUCAUCAUUACCAUUGAAUAAUUCCUCUCCACCAUCACCUUCUCCUCUUCCUUCCUCAUCGUCAUCAUCAAUCCGGAUCCCGGAAAGUGAAGUUGCCGAACGAUUGAGGGCCCUUGGAGAUCAAGUGAACCUCGAAUACGAAGCUGAUUUGAAUGCAGCAGUUCAGGACGUCAUCUGGCACUUGAAUGGUGCUCAUGAGGAAAUAGAAUUCGUCCUCAGACGGGCCGUCCAUUCACUGGUUACUAAAAUUGAAUCCGGCUGGUCGAGAGUGGCUCUGCUGUUAGUGUUGGGCCAGAGGAUAUUAUUCGAUUGUCUAAGAGAUGGUGUCAGGUACACAAGAACCAUUGCAGAGUCCAUCGCGAACAUGCUCGAGACAGAGGCCGGAGACUUCAUAGUCAACAAUGGGGGCUGGAACACAGUGACAGAGUUGGAAAUGGGCAGCAGCAGUAUUGCUAGCCAGUAUCUGACCUUUGACCGUGAAGAUGGGGAAGAUGCCGCCGACACCAUCACGACAACCAGUAAGAACGUAGAUGAGAAUGACGUCAUCAAAAUGACAACCAAUAAAAGCGAAGGCGAUGAUGAAGAUGUCAUUGUUGUUGAAACCACAACAAUCAAUGACAACGACUAUGUUAAUAUUAAUAAUGGUAGUGUCGGUGAUGUUAUUAAGCAGCAACAAAAUGGGAAAACCCAAAAUGGCGAAAGCGAUAGAGAGAAAGAAACAAAAAACGACGUUCGUGACAUCAUUUCGUCUUUCGAAGCAAGCAGCAACGACAAUGAUGAUGACAACGCCAAAGAUAAAAAACCAACAAGAGGCAAUCAUCAUCUAGAUGAUGAAAAUUUUAAAAAUAUAAACGGAGAGAACAAAAAUAAAGGACUUGGAGCCAUCUGUGAUGAUGAACACGCAAGAGAGGACGAACGAAGCCACGAUAAUAUGACCGAAAGGGUUAAGGAUGUUGUCAGUGUCAGAAAUAUCAUUAAAAUGUUUGAAGUUGGAGAUAAUAAGAAUGAACAUACAAAAUACACAUCAACAACAGCAACAACGACAACGUCAGUAACAUUAACUACAAUAACGUCUGUCACAUCAACAUCAACAACUCCAUCCUCAUCACAACAAAACCAGCCAUCAACAAAAACAUAUCACCCCCACCACUUAUACGGUAGUGACGUAGAUGGAAACGACGCCGACGAUGAUGACGUGGAAGAUAUAAAAAAGGAAAAGGAUGAGGAAGAUACUAAAUAUAGACUUCUAGAUAAUUUAGCCUUUAAAAAUGCGUUCAAUGUAUCUUUAGUCCUGGGGUCGCUAGUUAUUCUUUGGUACAUUUUUAAUAAAUGUAAAUGAUUUGGUUUUCAUUUAUUUAUUGAUUGAUUUUUCAAGAAUUAUUUUCAAAAGGUUCAACCUAAUUCACUUGAUGUAUAAUUGCACAUGCAAUCUCACCUUUGUUUGUUAAGUUUUAAACUCUCGUUUAAUUUUCGUUACAUUUUGUUCGUUGUUAGAUAUUUAACUUUAUCUAUAUUUAACAUAAAGUAUAUAUGCACUUAUGUAUCAAAAUUGUUUGUUUUUUUU